CAUGAAUUCGUAAAUAGAGGGAGUGCAUGAGAUGAAAUAUUGUUGUAUUUUUAUAUUUAGAAAUAAAUAAUAUGUACAUUUUGGUUUUAAAAUGUCAUCAAGUAAUUUAAUAAAUUCCGUACGGAAUUUCCUAGCAUCUAAUUUUAUGCGUGUUGAAGAUGAAUGGUUGACCGGAUGUGUUGAGUAUUUGACUGAGGAUGGCAGCAACAAUUACAGCGAGUCGGAUAUACAGAAUCUGGCUAAAGAGCAAUGGCUAUUGAACGACCUAAAAGAGAUAUGUCCGGGGUCUUUGCCUGCUAAUUUGAAGAGUCAGCAGAAAACCGUGCUAAAUGGGAGGUUCGCAUUGCAAAUCAACGCCGCCGUGGAUAUAGGCACACCUGCAUAUCAGCAGUAUAUGAAACUCCAGAAAGUAAACACAGAAAACUUAGAAGCCACUACAAAGUUUGAAGAUAAAGUGCCAAACCAUAGAAUGAUAAAGUUAUAUCUCACUGAUGGUGUUCAAGAAAUAUCAGCAAUAGAGUACAGACCCAUGAGGAACCUCAGUUGCGACAUCACUCCAGGGUGUAAAGUUCUCAUUAAAGGUCCAAUAGAAAGUCGCCGUGGAGUCCUGUUGCUCACGGAGAGCUCGAUAGAGCUGCUUGGAGGUGAAGUGCAGGAGAUCGCUGUUCCCAACUCCUUGGCUGGCUUGCUGUCCAGCAAACUUGGUUUGCCUAUGACUCAAGGCACCGCUGCAGAUCUGAACACAACGGUCCACCGAAUCGCCGACAUACCCCUGCCCCACUCCGAAAUGCCACCAGCCCGCGACCAACAAUUCGAAACAUUUGACCCACCCCGACCCGUAGCCAUAGUCACUAGCGUCCAACAAGCCAACUUCGCCGACGAUGACAUCGACAUAGACCAACUAGCAGCCAUAGAAGCGCAAUUAACUAAUAAACGAUCAUUAACUGACGAUAAUAACAAACCUGAGAAGAAAUUAAAAAUAGACCCUAUUAGUACCAUAAAUAGGGUCGAUGAUUACCCAGACGACAACGAUUUAUUCGUCGAAGACGAAGAUUAUUUGAGAGAGUUAGAAUCUAAAUUUGAUACAGACAAUCCUGUCCAGAUAUCAUCUGAACCAUUUACGUAUUUAAAACUGAUAAACGAGAUGAGAGAGAUAGAGAAAGCUGGGAGAGUAUUCAGAGUGAAAGCACAGAUAAUGAAGCUGUUGUCGAAAUUGUCUGUGGGUAAAGAAGGAUGGAGUUUGAGGUGUACUAUUGUCGAUGGCACGGGGAGUUUGGAUGUUGAUUUCACUAAUAAUGUGUUGUCUAAGUUGGUCGGGUAUACGCCGCAGGAGAUGAAUCAGUUGAAGAAACAGAUGGCGACGAAUCCGCAGCUGAAACAGAAGGCUGUCAUGGCUCUCCAAAAGGCCAAGGAAGCUCUACAGGUGUUAUACUGCAUUAUAGAGUUAACUAUGCUGGAAGUGCCCAAAAUAACGUGCCUUACACCAUUCGAUGGAUCACACCUGGACUUGCUGAAGAAAAGGAAGACGAACUUAUAGCAUACAUGCAGCAAUAUAAAUUAUCCUCUUGUGUCUUUGUACAGUUAGGGCUCAUUUAGACGGUGCGAGAACUCGCAUGUGAGUUAUUUGAUCGGUCGGCUGAAUAGAUGUCACCUCAAUGGUCCGCAGUGUAACUAAAAUCGUACACGAGUUCGCGCGCCGUCUAAAUGAGCCCUUAGCAUCAAAUAUAUUAUAGCUGCAAAAUUGGUCAAAUAGUUCUUUACACCAUAUACCAUAUACACCAUAGGACCGAAUUUUAGUCAUCUUUUUAACCUUUUGGACGGCAAACGGCGCAUCCAUUUGCCGGCGCCACGGGGGUAAAAUUUAAUUUUGUGAAUAAAAUAAUGCCAACCAAGUGGGGUGUUUUUCAGAUUUUCAUCAAAUAACGAUCGACGUCAAAUGCCGUCUUUGGCGUCGUUGUCACGAUUUUGCGUUGACGUCAAUUGCCGUCUGUGGCGUUCAAAAGGUUAAAAAAAUCGGGAACGGCCUUUUCUGCUCUAUAAUGAUACAACACAAUCGAGG